AUGUCUGCCAUUCUCUCCGAUGAUGAGGAAGGCAACAUCAGUAUCAGCUCACAAAGCUUGGAGCAUUUUAAAGCUACCAGCGGCAAUCACAUGGCCAGAAUAAAUAAAAGAUGGUCGAGCAGCUCGAGUGAUAAACGUCCGAAGCUUGCACGACCAACCGACGCAGUUCAUGAAAAUAUAACAGCCAAUUUCAUUUCUCCUGGACAGCUGUAUUCGACUGAAUCUGGACGGCUCUUCCAUGCAGGUAAAAUACUAAUAGUACUAGUUGGGCUGCCGGCUACGUCGAAGACUUUGCUGUCAGUGGCAAUCACAAGAUAUACUAAAUGGUUGGGAGUACGUACACGCUCCUUUCAUGUAUCUGAGUACAGAAGGCAAAAGUCCAAUGCAGACUCUAUUGAGUUCCCUAAUGACUAUUUUUCAGCCAAACCGACGACUGAAAGAGGUCGCAAAGUGCGCAAGGAGACUAUCAACCAGGUCUUAACGGACAUGAUUGCAUUUUUCGACAAAGAUGAGGGCCAACUGGCGAUAUAUGAUGCGUUAAACAUUUUGGAAGAAGAAAGGAGCCAUCUUGAUAAACUGUUUCUGGGAUUGAAUAUCAAGGUACUUUUUAUUGAGUCUGUGAUUACUGACCCUCAGCUGAUUAAACACAAUGUUGAGAUGGCAUCCAAAUCUGCCGACUACCAAGGAUGGACAAAAUCGGAAGCAAAAAGUGACUUCAUGAACAGAUUAAUGGUGAACAAAAAAUUGUAUGAAGAAAUGAAACCAGAGGAGAACCUGAGCUACCUGAAAUACAUAAAUUUCGGAGAAAAACUGAUUGUGAAUAAUAACCACUAUGGGUAUCUGAUCAACAAGAUUGUUUUCUUCCUGAUGAAUCUGCGUGACAAAAAGGGCUGUGUUUAUUUUGCUCGUUGCGGCACAAGUGAUCAGGAUAACUACAUUGACGAUGAGGUGCUGAACGUGGAAGGUAUUCACUACUCUAAAGUCUUGACUGAUUUGGUUUUGAAGACAAUAAAUUCCAGGCGAAUCUCACAAUGCUCCACACCCGUAGAUGUAGGCUCAUGGCAAAAUUCUCCUUCAAGUGGCCCCACCAGAUCGGCUUCGCCAUUAAUACCAACAUCCGCAACUUUAAGACGCUCGGAAUCUACAGGAAAUACUUCAAUGAGGCAGCCCGCAUCUGGUGAUGGCGGUGAUGAAGAUUCUUUUGUUGUAUGGACUGCGCCAAGAAAACGUACUUACGAUACGGCUAUGUUUUUCAUAGAAAAAGGAGUAAAUGUGAGACAGUGUUCUCAACUUCAACAAUUACACCCUGGUGUUGUUGCAGAUGUAUCUGAAGAUGAAAUUAAACACAAUUUCCCGGAGGAAUACAAGGAGUGCUUGAAAGACCCUUAUCAUUACAGAUACCCUCGGGCUGAAUCUUAUCAUGAUUUAGCUGUGCGCAUGGAACCUCUUUUACUUGAAAUGGAGCGUAUGCGCGGCGAUAUAUUAAUUAUUGGUCAUGAAUCGACUCUUCGGGUUCUUUACGGAUAUCUGAUGGCUUGCUCAUGCUCCGAAAUUCCGAGCUUGAAAUUUACUCGAAAUGAGCUUAUCGAGAUAUCCUUCAGUCCUUAUGAGAAUAAAGUGAGAAGGAUUCCCAUUCCAAUUAAUCAAAAAGCAUCGUGA